AGGCAGUGCCCUGGUGUGGCUCACGCUGCGGAGGAGAGGGCCCGCGGGUGAAGGCGCCGCCGUGAGCGUUGUCCCAGGGACUGCGUCAGCGCCUGUGUCCCCCCACAGCUGAGCGCCCUCCUCCUGUCCCCCCACAGCUGUCCUACGUGGACGCCGAGGGCAGCCCCGUGGGCGUGGUCCAGAUGACGUUCCUGCGCCUGCUGAGCGCCUCCGCCAACCAGAACAUCACCUACAACUGCUACCAGUCGGUGGCCUGGCAGGACGCGGCCACGGGCAGCUACGACAAGGCCAUGCGCUUCCUGGGCUCCAACGACGAGGAGAUGUCCUACGACAACAGCCCCUACAUCCACGCCCUGGUGGACGGCUGCGCGACCCGGAAAGGCUACCAGAAGACGGUGCUGGAGAUCGACACGCCCAAGGUCGAGCAGGUGCCCAUCGUGGACAUCAUGUUCAACGACUUCGGGGAGGCGGCCCAGAAAUUCGGAUUUGAAGUGGGACCGGCUUGCUUCCUGGGCUAGGAGCCGUGCCGACCCCGCGACCAACCUCGUGACCUCAGCACGCCACCUGGGGGUGUCCUGGACAGCGAAGGCCCCUCAUCCCAUCCCCGACCUCAUCCGCGCCCCGGCACCCCGCCAGGCCGCACCCCAAACCAGAGAGAGCAAAGGGAAAGAGCCGUGUCCCCACCUCAGAGCCGAAUCACAUGACCCCGAUGCCCCCCAGGCGCCGGGCCGCCCCCGCCUCAGUCUCCAGGUUCCGUCUACACCGCAUCGCACUCCACAGACGGGACGGGCCGCGCGACCUCGCCGACCUGGCCCGUGGAGCCUUGGCGGGGCUGGGGCGGGCCGAGGCCUGCGGGGUUUGGAGAGGACAUUUUUAAAUUCCACUUGAAGAUGUGCGUUCCCCCUGACCUUCCACAAACGUUCCCAGGCGCGCCCCGCAGAGCCCGGGCCGCUCGCUCAGGGCCAGGUGUCAGCCGUUCCCGUGCCGCCCGCGGGUCCCAGGUGCUGUGUGUGUGAUGGCGUAAAUGUGUGUAUUGUGUUGUCAUAACCGUUCAGUGUCCCCGACUUUCAGCCACGUAGGCAAGCCCAGCUCAGUCCCAGGGGAGAAGGGGACGGGGCGGGGGGGUGCUGUGCCCGCGCUGGAUGCAGUCCCUCUGGCGAGACCCGGAGCCCCACCCCGCGCUGCAGGAGCAGGUGCAGCGAUUGGAAAUCUGCCCAGAACAGCGAGGGUUCCCGCCGCCAGGUGCAGGCCCUACUCAGACCAACCGUUGGUGUCUUAUCAGCUCCGGGCUUUCCCGUGGGAAGGGAGCAGGCAUUUACCCGCUGCCUUAUCGGCAGGCACUUGGGGUGAAAGGCGGGCUCGGCGGCCCCCUAUGCCCCCACCCCACCCCGAGUGGGUGCGUCCGGGGCAGGAGGCCGCGUGUUCUGCGGACGGUCGCUAAGUGAAACUCGGUGCUUAUCUCUCUCUCUCUCUCUGUGGUGCUAUCUGUCUCGAGAUCCUGAAGGCGACGCGGGCCUGGCCGGGCCUCCCUCCCCCACCGUCCUCCACAGUCCGGGUUUCUACCAAGGACGCCGCGAUAAGUGCCGUCCCUCCCUUCCCGCGGGGCCCCGAGGCACACCCCCCAAGACCUGUGACCCCGUCCGGUUGUGUCCUGUGAUUUGAAAACACACGCAGAGCGAGAGGCUCCCGCCUCGUCUGCGGGGUCCCCGUAGCAGAUGGUCCUCGGUCCCGAAUGUCUGGUGCUAAUUUCUGUGGUCGCUAAUCCCCGGGAGCGGCUCGGUGGGCCCGGUGCUGCCCGCGGGCUCCCCACACGGGCGAUGAACUUUGUGAGUCCCCGCAGGGCGGCCAGCGGGCCCGUCCCAGGUACGCAAUUUGGAUUUCCAUCGGCGACACCUGCACGGCUCCGGGGCGAGGGCCGCGGCGGCGGGCAGGCCUCCUGUACUGUGAAAGCGGCCCUCCAGGGGCUCCCCGCCUCCCGCACGCUGGGCCCCGUGGGAGGACCUCGGUGCGUCCUCAACCCGCCCCGCCCGUCCACGCGUGGUUCCGGCUCAGGAAGCCACGGCAUGGCCGCCAGAAACCGACCACCACCCGCGAGGAUUUCCCGAUCGCCCAUGGAAAUCCGCCCUGCUCCUGCCAGAGAGAAGCCGCUUCCAGAGACUGGGACCCGGCACACGGCCAUGACUGUCCCGUCCGUCCGUCCGUCCCUCAGCGGAAAAGCCGUACCCCAGGCCGCCGUGCGCACCCCGGGGGCUCUCCAGGUCAUGUGAUUCCGGUUUGAUUUCUCGUCCACCCUCCUUCCCUCCUGUCAUUUCCUCCCUCCAUUGGCCAACCCUUCCAAGCUGUAAUUUGUACCGAAGUCAAAACGUGCCCCGUCCCCCCAGACCACGUAGCCGCGGUAUAUGCAAUAAAAGUACUUCUAUAUUUGCA